CCGACUCCAGCAGACACCAGGACAACAUCCUCCGUCCAGAAUUCUCUCUCUCUCUCCUGCAUACCUUAAAAGACGCUUUCUAGCAUUUGCUUUUGCCUAGUCUCUGGAAAACAUCUGAAUCAUUUUAACCAACUCCAGCUGUCGCCCUGGUGUGGGUGUGUGAGAAAGUGCAUGUCUGUGAAUGAGAGGACACUCAAGCGAGGGUGACGUUUAGAUUUACAAAUAAUAAAAAAAAGUUAGGAUAUUUUGCCGUUUUUUUUUAUCGGUAUGAACGCAGAAACGUGCGUCUCAUACUGCGAUAUGACCUCAAUGGAUUCAUAUUAUUCGCCAUCAUCAGGGCAAGGAAGAGUCCAACAGGACAGUCCUUACAGGACGUUCCAAACGAGCGACUCCAAAUACAGUCCCACUUUCAUCCCCGCCAAAGGUCAAUCUUACGGGGACAAGCCACCGAGUCCUUUCCACCAAGAGUGUCCGUCACUGGAUGAUAGCACACCCGAGAGCGCCUACAGCAAGUACCAUCUUUUCAUGCAGAGACCCACAUGCAAAACUCCCCCUGAAGACAGCGAACAGAAGGACGGCGCGCUCAUCUCGUGUUAUGGUAAAGAUGGCACUGGAUUGACAGACACAGAGAUGCCUCAGUCUGCUGAUCCCACAGGUAUUGAUGGUAGCUACAUCAAUGUGAAAGACUCCAGGGUCAAAGCUCAAGCAGAACGGCCUGUCCCUGAGCUCGGCAGUCCUCUGGACAAGAGUGAGGCUGAGAGCAACAAAGGCAAGAAGAGACGGAACCGCACCACCUUCACCAGCUAUCAGCUAGAGGAGCUGGAGAAGGUUUUCCAGAAGACACAUUACCCAGAUGUCUAUGCUCGAGAACAACUAGCACUCAGGACAGACCUCACAGAAGCAAGGGUGCAGGUGUGGUUUCAGAAUCGCCGGGCCAAAUGGAGAAAAAGAGAACGUUUUGGUCAGAUGCAGCAGGUUCGAACACACUUCUCAACAGCAUAUGAGCUUCCUCUUCUUACACGACCAGAAAACUAUGCACAGAUUCAGAACCCAUCAUGGUUAAGUGGUAGCAGUGCAGCCUCGUCAGUACCUGGCUGUGUGGUAUCAUGUGAUAGCGUAGCUUCCUGCAUGACCCCUCACCCUCACUCUGCUAGUGGUGUGUCUGAUUUCCUCUGUAUGCCAAGUCCUGGUGGGAACAUGGGACAGACACACAUGGGCAGUUUUUUUGGCAACUCUGGAGUGAGUGGAACCAUUAAUGGAUUUGAUCUCAACAUCGAGCCAGAUCGCAAAUCCUCCAGCAUCACCAGCCUGCGUAUGAAAGCAAAGGAGCACAGCGCUGCAAUCACAUGGGCCACAUGAUGCCUUCAUCUUGGACACAGAAGACCAGACAACCUCAGCCCUAAGCUGUCAGCACUAAUGAGGUGAACGCUUGUGCCAUCUGGGGCCAAUAUGAACAUGAUAAAUGGAGGCUAGAAGCUUUAAAACACUUGUAGGAGAUUUAAAAUUGAAUUUUUUUAAAGGAAGUGGACUGCUCAGAGCUUGAAUGUGUGGAAAACAAGAGCCAGUUUCAAAAUGGAGAAUGUUUAAUGAUUACACUGACUUUCCAUGUAUUACCAUGGAAAAAAACAAACAAUUUUGCCCUAUUUUACCAGAUUUAUAUAUUUUAUCCUAAUUACCAGACAUAUACACUUCUGUUCAAAGGUUUGGAAUCUGCAGGAUUUAUUUUUUGUUUUGUUUUUUUGAAAGUAAUCUCUUAUGCUCAUUAAAGGGCCAAAAUGAAAA